AUGACUGGACGUGGAAAAGGUGGUAAAGGACUCGGAAAAGGAGGUGCCAAACGUCACAGAAAAAUUCUUCGUGAUAAUAUUCAAGGUAUCACCAAACCUGCUAUUCGUCGUCUUGCACGUCGUGGUGGCGUUAAACGUAUUUCUGGACUUAUCUACGAAGAAACCCGUGGUGUUUUGAAGGUCUUUCUUGAGAACGUUAUCCGAGAUGCCGUUACUUAUACUGAACACGCAAAACGUAAAACCGUAACGUCUCUUGACGUUGGACAAAAAAUGCAAUCAGGAAUCUUAGAAAAUAGUUUAAUACGCGACAUACGCCGCCUUUAUGAUGAUUCCGAAGACUAUAACGUAGUUAUUGCGUGCGGACAAAAGCACGACGUUGAUAAAUUUAAAGCUCAUUCAGUAAUAUUACGUGCGCGGUCUUCGUAUUUUCGCGAACUUUUACCGAUAAAAAAUAUCAUUAAAGGUGGCAUUAUCACUUUAAGCCUCCCAAAUAUACCACCAAACGUAUUUGAAAUCCUUUUAAGAUACAUAUAUACAGGAACCCUUGAUUUAAAUGAAGACGCGACCAAAUCAGUAUUCCUUGAAUUAUUAACCGGGUCUCACGGAUUAAACCUACAAGAAUUAACUGAACAUAUUCAAAAUUACAUUGUAGAACAACAACCAGAAUGGAUACGUCAACAUCUUGUCCAAUUAAUUAAAAUAACUUCAGAACAUCAAUAUUUAGCAAAAAUAAAAUCUUACUGUCAAAUGUUAGUGAACGAAAGGUUACGCGAAGAAAUUAAGGAUUAUUUCUUUGCAAAACUUUCACCACAAAAAUUCGCUAUCCUUCCUCCACGAAACACAUCAGAAAAUGUGGAAAACGUUUUUAAUUCAAAGUUACUUAAUAUGAGUGGAUAUAAUCCUAACGAUUGGAAAUCAGAAGGAGGAUGGGGUGAAACUUCAUCCAGUUUCCUCUUUUCGAUGGAAAGAAAUGAUGCUGAUGUCAACAUUUUAUCACGUAAUAAAAGUAGUAAAUCAGCAAUUUGGAAUGCUGCCAAGAAUCCAAGUUUUAGUCACGACCUACAAUGGUUUUUGGUUAAAAAUGAGAACGGUAAACGAGUACAUAUUCCCGAAGAAGAUAAUGUUGACCUUAGUUCUAAUUCAGAUAGUGGUGAUUCGAUUAAAAGAUUGAAAACUGAUGAUAAUCGUAUUAGGUCAAUAAUUGAUGACGCGUAUUAG